AUGCCCACUGCACCUCCCACCAACGCACCCUCCGGCCCCAUCAAGAUCCGCUGGUUGACUCCCUCCAACUAUCCCGGUGGUAGAGUCUGGAACAUGGAGGAACUCACUCUCGGACCCGACGAACGCAUCUUCGACCGCAAGGUCUUCGAGGACAACAAGGUCUACUGGAGCCAAGACACCAGAACUCAUCUGACACGUGAGGCUACCUGUGCAUCUGCCGCACUCCAGAACGGACACAGGGUCUUCGUCACUACUCGCGGUCACUCCAACACUCUCGAUGAGGAUGCCGUUGACUCCCAGGGUUCCUACGACUAG